AUGGAAGUUCAGUACCCCAAGUUCCUCCUCUACGGCCUCCUCAUCCUGGGGUCAUGGCUCAUCUCCUGCCUUCUCCACUUCCAGUUCCUCCACAUCUACCUCUUGUCCGCUAACCCCAACUCAGGAGCGACGCUCGACGUCGUCCUCCCGCUCUCAGCUCCCAUCGCGCUCAAUGCCAGCUUCCUUCCAUUAGCUCCCUCUCCCGUCGGGGCCGAUCAGGAUGGCGCGCUGCCCCCGGCAACGGCACCGUCCUCAGCGUCGUGCGAGGGCAGGUACGUGCACAUGCUAGAUGUGUCUUCCCGGUUCGAUGUUCUCAGCGCCUGCGUCGAGGGCUCGCCUGCAUUUCAGGACGAGGGCAGCAUGUGCUCCUUGAUGGUCAAUGCCGGCAUGGGCCCCGAGCUCCCUCCCGCCACCGGCAACGGCAGUGAUGGUGACACCGGCGUCAUCCCCAACACCGGAUGGUACAACACGAACCAAUACGCCCUGGAGGUGAUCGUACACAACCGGAUGCGCCUCUACGAGUGCCUCACCGACGACCCAGCGGCAGCCACGGCGGUGUACGUGCCCUACUACCCAGGGCUGGAGCUCCAUCAGCACCUGUGCGACCGCAAUUUUACGGUGCGCAACGGUCUCUCCUCCGAGUUCCUAGGGUGGCUGUCGUCGCGGCCGCAGUGGGCGGCCUUCGGGGGCCGUGACCACUUCAUGGUAGCCGCCAAGACCAACUGGAUGUUCCGGCAGAGCGCCGCCGUGAAGUGCGGCAAUGGCUUCCUUGAUCACCCUGAGUCCGGCAACAUGACGGUGCUGACCUACGAGUCCAACGCCUGGGAGCCGCUGGACUUCGCGGUGCCGUACCCGAGCUACUUCCACCCGACGUCGGCCGGCGAGGUGGCCGGGUGGCAGGAGCGCGCCCGCGCCACGGAGCGGCCGUGGCUCUUCACAUUCGCCGGCGCGCCACGUGUCAACGGGAUGCUGGUUAUCCGCGACCGUAUCAUUGACUCGUGCACGUCAUCGAGCCGGUGCCGGCUUGUCGACUGCAGCCACGACAAAACCUGCAAGUCGCCGCGGAGGGUUGUCUCCGCAUUCGCCGCCUCCCGCUUCUGCCUGCAGCCGAACGGCGACUCCUACAUGCGCCGCUCCUCGGUCGACUCCGUCAUGGCUGGAUGCAUCCCCGUCUUCUUCCACGAGGCGUCCACCUUUAAGAAGCAGUACCGGUGGCACCAUCCGGACCCGGACAGUAGCGACGGCGAGGAGCGCCGGUACUGGGUGCUCAUCGACCCGGACGAGCUCCUCGAAGGGAAGGUGGACAUCGAGGAGGUGCUGGCAAGGUAUACCGAUGAGGAGGUGGCCGCCAUGAGGGAAGUGGUCAUCAAGAUGAUCCCGAGGUUCUUGUACAAGGACCCCAGGGUGAGGUUCGAGGGAGACAUGAGGGAUGCGUUUGACGUUUCCUUUGAUGAGGUGAUGGGGAGGAUGAGGAGGAUCAAGAACAGCCAGGAUUUGGGAUAG